CUCGGACUGUUGACCACUGUUGACCAUCCUCGAUUCACCCGAUUCAUCAUCACUUCCCUACCUUCAACGACAAACCAUCAGCUAUCUCUUUACUUUGAUUCGAUCCAUUAAUAGAACUCAUUCAAAAUGUCAGAACCAGAAGAAUACGAUCCUACUCGACAGCCAUCUCCAGUCAUGAAUGCCAAUGAACCAAUCUCACCCCCAAUAUCGAAUAUCGUUCGAAAAAAACUAAUGGGUUAUGUUGGAUUUGCAAACUUACCAAAUCAAGUACAUCGUAAAUCAGUCCGAAAGGGCUUCAGUUUUACUGUUAUGGUUGUGGGUGAGAGUGGUCUAGGGAAAUCGACCUUGAUCAACACACUCUUCAAUACUACUCUCUAUCCACCAAAAGAUUAUCCUGGUCCUCAUGCUGAUCGACCAAGAACGAUAGCGAUUCAAAGCAUCUCAGCAGAAAUCGAGGAGACGGGUGUAAGGCUCUUACUCACUGUAGUUGAUACACCAGGUUAUGGUGACUUUGUCAAUAACUCUGAAUCAUGGAAACCUAUACUCGAUAAUAUCGAAGCUCGUUUCGAUGCAUUUCUUGAACAAGAAAAUCGAGUGAAUCGUGCAAAGAUGGUGGAUAAUCGGGUUCAUGCCUGUAUCUAUUUCAUUGAACCUACUGGUCAUUCAUUGAAACUAGUUGAUGUAGAGUUUUUGAAACGUCUACAUACUAAAGUUAACUUGAUCCCCGUCAUUGCUAAAUCUGAUACGAUGACAGAUGAUGAGAUCCUUGCUUUCAAACAGAGGAUUCUAUCCGAUAUUGCAUUCCACAAUAUUCAAAUCUAUGAAGCUCCCCGAUAUGAAAAAGAGGACGAGGAGACUCUAGCUGAGAACGAAGAAAUAAUGCGAAAGAUCCCAUUCGCCAUCGUAGGUUCAGAUACAGAAGUUCAAACAGCUGAUGGUCGACAAGUUCGAGGACGACAAUAUCCUUCUGGAACAGUAGAAGUCGAUAACGAAGAUCAUUGUGAUUUCUUGAAAUUAAGGCAGAUGCUGAUUCGAACGCAUAUGGAAGAAUUAAAAGAACAUACUCUUAAUGUUCUAUAUGAAAAUUAUCGAUCUCAGAAACUUUUGUCCAUGGGAGUGACUCAAGAUCAUUCAGUCUUUAAAGAAGUCAACCCUGCAGCGAAAAUGGCAGAAGAAAGAUCUUUACAUGAAGCUAAAUUGUCCAAGAUGGAAUCUGAAAUGAAGAUGGUCUUUCAACAAAAAGUAGCGGAAAAAGAAGCUAAAUUAAAACAAUCGGAAGAGGAACUCUAUGCUAGACAUCGUGAUAUGAAAGAAGCUCUUGAAAAACAACGACUUGAAUUGGAAGAUAAGAAACGUCGGCUAGAAUCUGGUAGACCAUUAACACCUGAGAAAACUAAGAAGAAAGGAUUCUUGAGUAAUAGAUGAAUAAACACCUCUCCUCAUUCUCUCCUUAUUUUUCUACAUUCCUUCUGCUUUACUAUAAUUUUGUUAUAAGUUACGUAUCCAAAAAAGCAGAAGACACGAACUUUUUUUAUGGUUUUUCUCUUUUGUUUUUGGUCUUUCUAUCCACUUCUCUCUCCUACUCCUGCUACUCCUUGUGCGAGCUUUUUCCAAUAAUCAAAUCUGGUUUUUUGCACCCAGCCCCCACCCUUCUUCACCUGGUUUUCCUCUUUUUCUUCUUUUGGAUGUAGACUUCCAGUGGGUUGUGUGUUUACCACAAAAGUCUUUUUUUCUUCUUUUGUUUUUUACACACAUACCCUUUUUUUAUUUGUCUUUUUGGUCUUCUUCUUUCAUUAGUUGAAGAGAAUGAAUGAAUUGCAAAGAAAAAAAACUCAAACUUGGUCUCUUUUGUUUUAUUUUAUUUUUAAAUUCCUUUGAUUAUUGUUAUAUGAUAUGCAGAGUAUUCGGUUUAUCUUGAUUCUGCCUUUU